AUGGCGCAACGCUUCGCCGAUCAGGCCGCCGGUCUGGUUGACGACACUUUUGAUCAGGCUGAUUUUGCCGAGGCCCCUGCCUUUCCCCGUCACUCCGUCCCCCACAACGGCUACCCGGGAAACGGUAGCGCUGGCCAGGAUUACGAAAACGACGACGACGACUUUGAUUUUGAAGAUCAACCCACCCAGCCCUUGCGCCGGCAUUCCUUGGAUCACAGCCAAGACCACGAGCAGAACAUUCGAGCCGUCGCCUUUGAACAGUACCGCGAGCUUCAUGACAAAUAUGAACAGCUGGAACAAGAAAAUGAGAAUCUCAACGCCGAGUGCAUGCGCUUGCGCACGGAGGUUGCCGAAUCGAGCGAGGAGAAUCUUGCUCUAGCUGACCGGAUUAAAGAAUUACAGGUCGAGCAAGAGCGCCUGAUUGAUCAACUUGAAGAUGCCACAAAACAUUACUCCGGCCCUCAUCCAGCUGAUAAUCUCUACAAACAGGUUUUGAGACUGCAGCAAGAGCUUGAGAAAAUGCAGGAGGAGCACGAGCGGGAGAUUGACGCUCUUAAUGAUGCUCUGGGUGAAAACUCGGAAACCGGCUCUCGGUACUCCCUCUCGAGCGUUGCGGGAAUGACCGAGAUGAUUGAAGACAUGCGGCUAGAGCUCGAAAGCACCAAACGCGAAAACGCGGAACUACGCACGCUCAACGAGCAAUUAGCAAACGAGACCGUCGAUCCUGCAGCCAUUAAUGAGCUGCGCGAACAGCUCGAGCUCGUAACCCGUGAGCAUCAACGCGAACUGCACCACGCCCAACAAGACAACGAUGCCUUGUUGGCACGCAUUGCUGAGCUUGAGCAAGCACCAGUGGAGCAACCUGUCAAUGUCCCUCUCCGUGAAGCUCAGCAACAGACCUCGCGUCCCUCCACCGCAGGUGAGAGCAUGUGGCCUCUUCUAACCCCUUGCGCGCUGUUGUCGAGGCCUUUGCCUCCUGUAGCCCACCUGCACCGGCAAGCUCACGUCAUGCCUCCCACCUCCCCUCCGUUUUUAAAUCGCUCGGUAGAGGGCCAGUCUGCACAAGUCAUCCAAUUACAAGAGCAAGUCGCGCGCUUAGAGGCCCAACUGUCUGAAGCUAAACGUCGAGCGUCCUUGGUCAAUCGUGAGGCUGCCCUGCAGGCUGAAAACGUUGACCUUCGAGAUGAGCUGCUCGCUCUGGAAGCCGACAUUGCCGCAACUCACGCCACCACCAAUGCCAGUGCUGCUGACAUGGCCGAGCUGGAACGACAACUUGAGCGUGCACGCGACGAAAACAUUGCACUUGGCCAAGAAGUAAAUGAGCUUCAUGCGCUUCUGGAGGAAGCGGAGGAGCGAUUCCAGGCCGAACUUGAACAGGCCCAGCAGAUGAAUCACCGCCCCACGUCAUCUGGAGAAGGUGAUGCACAUAGGCCGGGCAGUCGGCGUGGCUCGGGCACUGCCUCGUCAAGUGGUGCUCCCUCAGUGCCAAACAGCCAACGCCCGCCCUUCCGCCCAGCUGGUGCCCCUCUUUCUCGUCGCGGCUCUUUCAUGGCCAGCGGCGAUGUUGGGCCUCCCCUCGAGCGACGAGGCAGCGCCUUGUCUGUCAUUACACCCUCUGGUGCUGGCCCAGCUGCAGCCGAGGGCCAUACCGCUUCUGCUGCCCCGAGCGCAGCCCCAAGUGCAGUCGUUGCCGAGCGCAUGCAGGCUUUGGAGGAAGAGAACGCUUGGCUCCACGAAUGCCAGGCACGCUCACGAGCCCAACACCCACAUCGACCCAACACAGACAAGAAGGCCCGUCGCACCGGCGCCCCCGUCCUGGCCACUGCCCGCCGCGCCCAAGACCGCAAAACGGAGCAGAACAUGCAGAAAGUCAUUGAUUACCUGCAAGCUCACGACUGCUCCCCCAACGCCUCCACCUGGAAACAGGUGAACACGCUCUUUGCCUUGUGCACAGAGUUUGAACAACGCGUCGACCAGCAGGGCCGGGAACUCGAUCGCAUGCGUCCCGAUUUGGAGCAAUCUCGCUCGCUUCUGCGUCUUCAUCGCCAAGAUCAGAUUGCCCCUGCUAUUCGUCGUCUUCAAACUCAGCUCGAAAAUGCCGAGCAAGGCACCCAAGACCGUUUGUUUGAAGUCGAUCAACUCCGCGCUCAACACCAACGCCAACAAGACGACGCCUAUUCGCGCCACCAGGGAGACUUGCACCGCGAUCAUGCCGCCCUGUCAGCCCAACGCAAAAAACUCCAGCGCAGCGAGUCGGAAGCCCAAGAUACCAUUCGAUCCUUGCGCGAUGAGAAUCGUCAACUUUCUGCUCGUGGGGAGGCGCGCGAGCGAUCCUUUGCGGCUCCGGGGAAUGUAGCAAGCGGGCAUCUUGCCUCCUCCCACCUCGUCGCUCGGCAGAUGGAGGAUAUCAUUCAGCGCAGCGCCGCUGACGUCGGUGCCUUGAGGGAACAGUUGCGAAAUGAGCGCUCGCGCCAUCAACAAGAAGUGCAAAACUUGGAGCAGCAACUCCGUGCGGCACGGUCCCUCAAUAAGGAAACGGAACUGACUGACACCCAACGGUUGCAGGCGGAGCGAGAACAGCAGCAACUGGAGAUGGAGCGCCUCGCCGCAGAGCGCGAUGCGCUUCAAGAGGACCUCGUCCUCGCUGAAAACAACAUUGUGCGCCUGCAGGAAGCUGCCGAGGACAACCAUGCCCGCGUGCUGGAAAUGGAGGCCGAAUUUGAGGCGGAGAUGCAAACUUUGAAGGAAGCAUUGCUGGUGGAGCAACGCCGGCACGAAUCAGAUCUGGCCGGUGCUCAGCGCUUUGCCACGGACAACGAUGCGUCACAUCAGGACCGAAUUGAACGCAUCCUGGAGCAGCUGCGCCAGUAUGAAAUUGAGCUCAAUAACAACCAGCAGCAAGUCGACCGGUUACAGGCAGAGCUACGCCAGGCUCACGCGCAUCACGAGGAAAACCUUGCCCGUUUGCAGCAGGAGCAUAGCCUUGUCAUCGCUGAAAUUCACGAGAACCACGAGGCCGAGCUGGAGCGCACGUUGCGUGAGCUGCGUGAGAUCUACGACAAGUCGGCUGUCGAGCAACAAGCGACGGAGGAGUACAAGGAACGCGAACGCGAGGCCUUGGAACGCUUGCGCCGCUUCGAGUUGGACUUGGAGACUGAGCGACAACGGUUUGCUCAAGAGCGGGCCGCGCUUACAGAACGUCAUCAAAAAGAGCAGCUACGACUAGAGGGUGAAUUGGCCAAGUUACGUGAAGCCCGCAACAUGGACCGUAUUCAAGCUGAGGCAGACCACGCCCAGUACCUGCAAGAUAUCGAAGCGGCCGAGCACAACGCCAUGGCACUGCGCCUGGCGCUCGCCGCCAAGGACCAAGAGCUUGAGGCCAUUCGCGACAGCUUUGAGCAAGAGCGCAGUACCUUUACAUCGGGGGUGCAGCGCUUUGAGGACCAGGUCAACGAGUUGGAGGAAGAGCUCAAUCGUUUGCGCCUGCAGCGCACCGAAGAGUUCCGAGACAUGGGCAAUGAGCGUGCGCGCUUGCAAGAGCAAAACCGGGCGCUUGCUGAAGAAGCUCGGACCAAAGCAAUCUUGCUGGAGAACCGAACGCAAGAACUUGAUUAUCUGCGUCAUCGCGCGGACCAGGACGACGCCAACCGCACACUCCUAGCGGACGUGACGCGAGAGCGCGAUCAGCGCCGUGUGAAUGAUGCGGCACAACAGGAGCAAAUCAACCGCUUGACCGAAGAGCGUGACCAGCUGGCUCGUCAGCUGCGCUCCACCGAGAAUCGCUUGGCUACCACGGCGGCCGAGCGCGCGGGCAUGUUAGACGCUCUGAAUCGUGACCGCACCACCCAACAGGAGCAAUACGAAAAGGAGGUGGUCGAGCUUCAACAGCAAUUGCGAGCUGCGCGCAGUGAGGACGGUGCCCAUCGCGAGGCAUUGGCUGAGCAUGAGCGCCUGAUUGAUCGCGCAUGGCGAGGCCUGCCAAAGGAUGAGAUGUCUGCUUUUGCAACGCUGACACAGCCAGCCCAGAAGCUGCGCCAAUUGGCCUUGGCGACCACCAAGAUGACUGCGCAGCUGCAACGGGCCGAGCAGCAAGCAACAACCGCUCAGGCCAAGCGAGAUGCGGCUAUGGCCGAGGUCAGCGAGUUGCGUGAUCGCCUUCACGCACCACCAGUUUUGGACGAGAGUGCCAUCGUGGCGCAGCAGCAGGAGCAACAGGCUCAGCAGCGCGAGCGGGUGGCACUGGAGAGACAGUUGAUGGAAAGCCGAGAGGAAAACGCCGCCUUGGCAGCUCGCCUUCAGUCGGUUCAGAAUGAGCUGCAGCAGCACCUAACGCAUGCCCGCGACGAAGCAGGGGAAGCCCAGGCCAUGCUAGAGACGGUGCGCCACGGGUUUGAGGCGGAAAGAGCAACAUUUGACGAGCAGAUGGGCGCGUUGCGCGCUGAGCUGGCAGACGCUCGCGAAGCAACGCAAGCGGCGCGAAACAAAGUGCGCGAGGCUGAACGUCGUACGGAGGAAGCUCGGGGUUUGGUUCGACAGCGAGAGGAGGAACUGGCGUCUACGACGGCAGCGCUAGCGACGGCGCGCCGUGAGGCGACAGCAGCGGGCUCGCGCGUGGCUGAGCUCGAAGAGCGAGCUGCACAACUGCAAUCUGAGCUCUCGGCGACCGUGGCCAGCUUGGAGCCGGUCAGCCGAGAGCUGCAACAGUGCACGGCGGCAUUGGAAGCAGCGCGGCAGGACUUGGCGACGGCGCAGGAUGAUGGCGCCGCUUUUGAGGCACAGACCCGAGCGCUAUCUGAGCAAAUGGCGACUGCGGAGGAGCAGCUCAAGGCACUGGCACUGGCGCAGGAGACAGCACGUCACGCACAGGCGGACGUGCAGAGUUUGAAGGACGAGGCUGUGCGUUUGCGUUUGGCCAACGAAGAGUUGCAACGGGAGGUGGCGCAGUUGCGGCAGGCUAGCCGUCGCGAGGCAGCCAAUCACGCGGCGCUGGCUCGAGAGCUAGAGCGGCAGCUGGAUGCACAGCGGGCGGUAGCCAAUCGAGAAAAGGUUAACAGUGCAUCGCUGACGGGCAAUAACAAGCAACUGCGCGAGCAGUUGAUGCAUUUGAAGGCGGACCAUGAUCGGCUGCAGCAGCAACAGCGCGUUGAUCAAGCGGCUCAGCAGGAGAUGGUGGCCACGCUCCACGACCGCGAACGACGCCUAAUGUCUGCCGAGCAGCGGGCACAGGCCGUGGAGGCGGAGAAUGCGCGCUUGAGCACCCAUCGCCGAACAUUGGAGGACCGUUUGCGCCGUGAGCAGACGCGUAUGCUGGACGACAUGCACUCGCAGCUCCAGCUGCGCAAUACCACCAUGCGUGCAUUCCAGCGCGGUGAGCAAACCACCAUGCAGGAGCGCUCCAUGCACAAUGUGAGCCGCCGUCUGGCGGAUUUGGGUGCCAAGGUGCAGAUGGAGCGAUCAGUCAGCGCGUCGCCGCCGCGAUCAGAACACGCCGGAAGUGCUGGUCCAGCUUCGGAUCAAUUGACGAGCACCAUGCGUCCCGGCCUGACCAAUGCUGCCUUGCCCCUCGAUCUGGGUGCCGAAUCUUCCUGGGUCGCGGCAACCGCGUUGUCGGACCGCAACCGCGCCAGCAGUGUCCAGCGGGGCCAACAACGCACAAUCACACACAACCUGCAAGCGGCCAGCUCCUUUGAGCCGCGGACGACUCCCGUUUGCAACGCACUGGUCGGUGAACAGCUCAACGUGGUCGAUGCCAUCAUCAAUGAGACCCUGGCUACGCUACACCGCCGCCACGAUCACCUGUUGUGGAAACGAGGUGUCGCCAGCAUUCUCAACAUUGCUCGCUCGCGCCAGCGUCACAACCUCAGUGCUCAGCUCGUGCUUCUGCAAGCGCAACCCGACGUUGAGACACCUCUAGCUCUUGUCGACCGGGACGCUGUCAUUACUACGGCUGCAGCUGUUGAACUGCUGCACCUCUUUAUGCUCAUCCAAGACGAUGUGAUGGAUGCAUCGGUGCGCCGGCGCAAUUGCCCGACCGUCAACGUGGCCCUGGAGCACGUUCGCACCAAAGUGUUGCGCGGUCCCUCCAUGUACUCUUCCAAAGAGCUCUCCAAGAGCUACGCCGUUGUCUUGUCCGACUGCUUGCAUGCCAGUGCCAACCGACUCUUCAUGGAGGUGGCUCGUGAAUUGCCAACCACAAGCGCUGCCGCCUUGAGCCAGGUCAUCGAAGACGUUGCCCUCACCGCCGCCUCGUACCAAUUUGAGGACAUGUUGGGCUGGCGCAUGCAUGCGUGGGAAUCAGAUGCAGCCGUCGUGGAAGCUGUCGAGUCUAUUCUCCACUUGACAGCGCAGCUGCGCUUUGUACUUCCCCUCUCUGUCGGUGCCGCCCUGACAUCCCAAGGCACGCCCCACCCUCAGGUCAUUGCAGCCGCCCAACAAUUUGGAGCCGUUUUCAAGAUUUUGGCAGAUGUCAACGAGUUUGUGGCCGAGCCCGGCUCGUCGGGGCGCAGCCCCAUGCGCAACCUUGAGGAAGGGCGAUUAUCGUGUGUGGUCAGCAAGCUCUUCACUGAAUGCAGCCGCCAAGAGCGCCAUGAUCUCAUGACUAUCGUUCCUGGGGAAUCGUGGAUGGGGGCUCAGCCCAGCCUCAUCUGUCGCCUGGUGAUCCAAUACAACGUUUUGUCCGAUCUUCUGGAUGAAUGCCGCAGCCGUCUGAUCCAAGCAAAUGAGGAAUUGGCCUCGGUUCCAGAACCCGCGCUGGCGCAAGGUCUUACCGCCAUUUCCGUGGGCCUCCAACAACAUGCCGGCGAAGUGAGCCGUGCAGCAGCCUCUUACGUCAACGACUUUCAUUCCGAUCACGCCUUUUGA